AGCCCCGCCCCGUCUGGGGGAAAUGUGAAGGAGCGUGCGUUUCACUUCCGGAGCAUGCUGUUCCCCCCCCCUUCCCGCGGGUUCACUUCCUGUGCUGUUGGGAAAGGGGGGGGUCCCUGUUCUUGGUGCUGCUGCUGCUGCCGCCGGAGAGAGGGUGGGAGUUGAGGUCUCAUGGAGCCGCAGCUGUGAGGAGCCCCCGGCCCGAGCCCGGGCCCGCUGUGGGAGCCGGGCGGAGGCCGGACACGGGAGCCGCCGGAGCCGGAGGAGAUGGACAAAUUGACCAUCAUCUCAGGAUGCCUCUUUCUGGCCGCCGACAUCUUCGCCAUCGCGAGCCUGGCGAACCCGGACUGGAUCAACACCGGGGAGUCCGCGGGUGCACUCACAGUUGGCCUUGUGCGACAGUGUCAAACCAUCCAUGGACGUGACAGGACCUGUAUUCCUCCACGGCUGCCUCCUGAGUGGGUCACCACAUUAUUUUUCAUCAUUAUGGGAAUCAUUUCACUGACUGUCACGUGUGGUUUGCUAGUGGCUUCCCACUGGCGAAGAGAAGCUACUAAAUAUGCCCGCUGGAUAGCAUUCACUGGAAUGAUCCUAUUCUGCAUGGCAGCCCUAAUAUUUCCAAUAGGAUUUUACAUCAAUGAAGUUGGAGGUCAACCAUAUAAAUUGCCCAACAACACAGUGGUUGGGUCCUCAUAUGUACUAUUUGUCUUAUCAAUUUUCUUUACAAUAGUGGGACUUCUAUUUGCUGGCAAAGUUUGUUUACCUGGCUGAUGAAUAUCUGAACUGCAGGAGUUUGUUUCAGAGGAGAGCAAGAUAUCGGAGUUGCAUUCUCAGGAGAAAGCUUAGAUCAGACUAUCAAAUGCUUACUGAACAAUGCUUUGACUUGUUCUUACUAUGCACUUUGGAUUUAAAAAAAAAAAGAGAAAGAGAGAGAGAGAGCGCCUUUCCCAUAACCAAAUACAGACAUCGUUGACUAAUCUCCUGAGCAUAUUAAUGCAGUCAGGUCUGCACUGUGAUAGGGACUAGUGAAGAAGAAUGCUUUACACUAAGAAGCAUAUUGCCCUAUGUUACUGUAUCUGUUUUUAUUGUCUAACAAUUUGAAAAUCAAAGUAUUUAUGAACCUUGUGGUAGACCAGAGGGUUGCAAAGAAGUUCAAGUGAGGCUGGCCUCACAAUUUAGGAGAUUAGCAUUUUACAUCUUCUUUCUGAUGGGCAAAGCCUUUGGCACCAAAAUGAAUCCAUCUUGCAUUACUGCACCAAGAAGCCAGUAGAUCAAAUAUGUUCUUUACAAUGUAUGUAACAAAAAAAUGACAUACAUCCCCCUUCAGCUGUAGAAAAACAUUAAGAAACAUUUUUUGGGGGGGAGGUGGAGGUUCUUUAUAUUUAUAUACAUAUACAUAUAUAUUUUGCUGAUGCAGUAUACUCUGUGUGUGUGUGCGCGUGUGUAUGUGUGUAUAUAUAUAUAUAUAUAUAUAUAUAUAUAAAUAAAUGUGUGUGUGUGUGUGUGUGUGUGUGUGUGUGUGUGUGUAUAUAUAUAUAUACAGACAAACAGUUCCUGGAAGAUAACUCAGAAUGCUUUGCUAGCAGAACACUGUGGUGUGCAAAACUAGAACUCAAUAGAAAAAAGCCAUUUCUCUGAAGGCCACAUACCUGAGAGUCUUCAGUUUACCUCAUUCUUUGUAGCAGCCCUUGAUUUUAACAGGUUUUUGUAAUAGGUACAAACAAUCCCAUGCCUUUCUAGGUGCAAUUUUAAGUUAAGCUAAAAUUCUUUGUAUGGUAAUUUAUUUGUAUAUGAGGGUAGAAGGUGAGAUCACGUCAUACCUUAAAGUUAAAAUCCUAAUUUUGGGAAAUGGACACUAUUUAAAUUAUUAGCAACUGUUGUUGUACAGGGAGUCUCUUUUCUACUGCUUUGUUUGUUACAUUAACAAUGCAUUUAUUUAUACAUGUUCAAGCACAGCAAUUUACCAUAGGUAAAUUUUUCUAAUGCAUAUAACAUUCAGUGUUUAGGUCAACCUGUAAAAACACUGUUCUGUAGUAAAGUUGGAUGAAUUUAUUUUCACUUGUGAGUAUUAAGUUAAUUCAUCUUCUUUACCAAAAAAUGAGCAAUAUAACUGUUUUUAAUGUCCAUAUGCCUUGUUUACUAAAGUUGAAGAUAAAAAUGUGGGCAUAAGGACCACCUGAAUUCAGAGUGCAAGUUUUCCCUUGAAAUCAAUGUUCUUUAAAUACAAGAACUGUAUAAACCUUGGAUCCAUGGAUAGUGCUGCAUACUUCAAUAUUCACUUAAAAUCUGACCUUUAUUAGCACAAAACUUUGAUUGAUGUGUCAGGAAGCCUGCUUGCAGGAUCAAGCCCUUAUUCCCCAGUUGAUAUUUAAUCUUUUUGUGGGGAAGUACUGACAAAAGGAUCUCUUGACAACAAAGUGUCUGUCCAAAUGUACUUAUGAAAAGUGCUGCAUUACUUAAACUUAUGCUUUUAUAAGGCAUAAGUGAAACUGAAUGCAUUUUUCUGUAAGAAUGAGAAUAUUGCUUCUGAAAUGUAUUUAUAGUUUAUUUUGGGAAAAAAACCCAGCUAUCAUGGCAGAAACAAGUGUUAGAAAUGAGAUACCUUAUACAAUUAUAUGAACUGUGUGCCAUUAGAAGUAUUUUAGUGAGGAAAAAUUACCUGAUUGAUGUUUUGGAUCACUUUUUCUCUCGGUUGUAGAAAAUCUCUCUUAUCAGUUCACUCACAAGCUGAAGGAAGCUUUCACAUCAAAGUCUUUCUAAAUUUUUCUGAAGUAUAAGAAUAUACAGCCAGAUUCUCAUCUGGAACUGCUAAUUCAGAUUUGAUUGGUUUCUAAUUUAGAUUCUGAUCUUGCAGUCAUAGCUGCACAGGCAAUCCAAAGCUUCACUGAUAUCAAUGGAGCUCUGUAUAUGGACGCAAUCUGGGUGGAUCCAAUUGCAGGACGGGGGUCUAAAUGUUUUCAGCAGUAUUAUAAGACUGGUGGUAUAGCCUGAUAUAAUGUGUUAACAACAAAUCAUAGCUCACUAAUUAUUUUGAUAAGCCAAUAGCUUUUUUUCCCCUCAGAAAUGUCAGUCUUAUUGUAAAUAGUUCCAUAAAAUAUUUUAACUGGAUCACAGACAUGGGGGUGGGGGAAGAGUUUCUCAGCUGCUAAGAAUUGCCCCCCAUGUUUAAUUAUUUCAGUUAGUGACAUCCUAUAUAAUAAUAUUAUUCAUUUAAGCUUAUAUUUAAAAUGUAUUACCAUUUCAUUAAAAAAACAAAAAACGUAUCAUGAAGCAUAUCCAGUCCAUGAAUGGCUGGCUGGAACCUUAGGGGGUAGCCAAUCCUAUGAAUCAUUGAAAGACAGCAUAGCUUCAGCUAGCAGGCUGUUUUAGUUAAUAUUUGGGCAUUUCAGUCUACAACUAGAUGGAUCCAUUUGCAUUAAAAAUGUCCCUGUAAGUGAAAAGAGACAGCUGUCAAUAGUUGCUUUUUAAUAAGGUCACUAAGUACUAUAUAGUACAGUAUUAAUUUAUAGCAGAAAAUCAUAUCUUGUAAACUGUAUAUAAAACACUGUUCUAUGGUGCAAUCACUUGUCAAAUUUAUGUCUGUUAUUUUGUUUUAAAGUUGUAUGCAUUCUUUUCAUACCUAAGAGCAUCACUGUAAAAUCUGCUGAAUACUAUUUAUAGGUUUUAUUUGCACAAGGAUUUGUUUUUAAACUAUAGGAAGUUCCUGUUGAACAUGCCUAAACAUCUGUAGACUUUCAACUCAUUAAAGCAAAUGUUUCAGUAUGAAUCUUCUCCAAAGGUGGUAACCCAUGUUACAUGUUGUUGUUUACAUAAACUUUUCAGACUCUGCCAGCCAUUUUAUGUAUUUUGAAGGACAGCUUAUUCUGUUAUAAGUCACAGCACACUCUUGUUUAGUCUUCAUUUCAUUAUCUCCUGAAAGGUUUAAUGUCACAGCAUAAUGCAAUUUAUGUAUGCAUUUUGUAGUUUUAUUUGGUUAACCUCAAGUCCUACUCAGAAACUUAAAAUACUUUAAAAAGGAAAAUUGUAAAAGUGUCUGUUUAACGCUUCUUGAAGACAGAAGGAAUAACUCAUUAGGAGCUUUUUUAGUUUCUCUGUGGAGCAGUGUGUUUCUCUGAAAGCAUUUACAAAUCCAUUCACCCUUUGACUUUCAGUGCUGAGCGUCUAGGCAUUUAACAACUGGUCCAAAGUGCUGGUAUUUGGUAACAACACUAAAUCCUGCUCCUGCCUUUACUCAAGCAGAACUCUUUGGGUUAGUUUCAACGGGCGUUUCUCUUGAGUGGCACAGGCUCAGCGGCAGGAUUAACCCCCCCCCCCCCCCCCAUGGACCGGUACUGCCGUUUCAGAGCCUCUGUGUAAGCAUCGCAGCCCAUCCCUGGACAGGCCCGUUCACCAGGAACCCUGGCUCCACUCUAGGCUGUCCGCUGCAAACGGUGCGAAGGAUGGAAAAGAUGAAGGCACGAAGUGUCCGCCACUCGCUCGUCCGGCCUCGGCCUCAGCGGUCACCUUGCUCCUGGGCGGCGGCGGUCUCCUCCCCCAGCCUAGGACACGCUUCAGGGGCCGACGGCCAGGCACCUGCUACCACAGACUGUGCAAACGAACAGACUUUUCUUCAUUGUAUUUUUGUUAUCGAGCAAGUUUAUCAAAAUAAAUUGUCUACGACA